AUGAAGAAAUGUGGCAAACAUCCAUUAGCGGAGACAGAUCUGGAAGUUUUGUGGAAAGCACAAAGCCCUAAUUCUGCAAAACAAACAUCUGAAGUGAAGGGGGAUAAGGCUCGAGUAAUGGAGCACAGAAACGAUUAUCCUGGGAAGAGGAAACAGAGAAGAAGGCUAAAUCGAAUGCGUGGAGCAGAUUUGAUAUCAAGAAACUUAGAGAAGACCUCCAUAUGCCAUCAGUGGGGCCGGCUGGGGGUGGAUAAGGUAAUAUUAUCUCCUUCUGGAUUAUUUAUUGUACGUUUUUCAUCAUUGCAUGCACGUGAUGAAGUUUUGAAUUCGAAUGCAUAUCAUUUGGGUAGCAAGCCAAUUGUGGUUAAGCCUUGUAAGUUGGCUAGUACGUUGGGUGUUCCAGUUCUAACUGAUGAAGCAACUGCAAGUAGGGAAGGAGUCCAAUUUGCUAGGAUAAUGGUUGAGAUGGAAAUUCAGAAUCAGGUCCCUGAUAAGAUCCGGUUUGAGGAUGAAAAUGGGAAGUGUAGAAAAUGGAAUAAGGAACACCAGGUACAAGGAGGUGUAAGAGGGGAAAUUCAGAAUCAGGUCCCUGAUAAGAUCCGGUUUGAGGAUGAAAAUGGGAAGGUGCAGGAAAAAGUUGUUUCAUAUGAAUGGAAACCUGUUCAAUGUCAAUGUUGCAAUGGAACAGUGUAG